ACGAUAAUGCCUCGUUUAAGAAAUACAUUAUGACGUCAUAAAACAUGUUCACCAGCGACGUCAUAAUACAUAUCGUAUCUAUGCGCAGACUGUCGCAACGUUACUUCGCACAUCUGGUUAACAUACAUUUAAAGUUUGCAAGAAAAUGGGAUGUAACAACUCAAAGGGGGGGCAAAAAUAUACAGGAAAGUUCAUAUUCGUUCUGCUGGAGGAAACGAAAUAAGGUCGCGCCCGCCAAGGAUCCUAUUGAAGAGAAGGCCGGGCCAUCACUGGAUGCUGAUAACACAGUACGUAAAACAAAGCAGACGGUUUUGAUGCAGCUGAAGGCGGAGGGAAUUGCCCCCAGGAAAGGUGACGGGGGCGUGGCUUUUAUUGUCGAAAUUGGUGGCGCCAAGUCAGAAUCCUCAACUUGCCCAGUCCUCCCUGGCGUUCCAGAAUGCUCACACACCCAGUUCGCCAAAUACACCCAGGAGUCGUGCCAAUCCGUAAACUUCCGCCCUCCACGACGGCUCCCUCCAAUUAAUAAAUCAACUAUGGACGCAAAGCAGGAGCGGGCCAGAAAAAAUAGGGAGAGGAAAGUAGCAGAACGGAAAUCCAAGUGGGCAAAAAGUUAUGCCCGAGUGCAAGCCACCUUGCAGAAGUCGCCAAAUUGAUUUUUUGAAAUAACUCGAAUUUUGACUUGUUAUUUUGUUGAUAAUAAAUCUCUU